GUGGAAGAACAAGGACAGCAUCUAUUAAUUGAUGGGAAAAGAGAAAUAUUAGGAGACACCGUCGGCCGUCGGAUUUCCUCCUCUUCUUCUUCAAUCCUCCCCCCUAUAAAUACCCGAUUCCCCUUCCCAUUUCUUCAUCACAAAAUCGAAACUACCCUCUUUUUCUCCUCCUCAUUGUCGUCGUCUUCCCCAACCUUGAUCUUUGAAAAUGGCCACUGACUCGAAUCCGAUUACGUCCUCUAACUCCGACGCCGACCAGAUCGCCAAGCCGAAGCCCUCCGGCCUCCUCCAUGAAAACGAGGAACUCCGCAAGGUUUUCGACCGCUUCGAUUCGAAUGGCGACGGCAGGAUCUCCAUCACCGAGCUCGAUUCCGUCCUCAAGUCCUUAGGCUCUGCCAUCCCCUACGAGGAGCUACGUGGCAUCAUGGAGGAUCUCGACUACGAUAAGGACGGUUUCAUCAACAUAGACGAGUUCGCCGCCUUCUGCAAGGAACCGAUGGCCUCCGACGAGGCUGGAUUGUCGGAGCUUCGUGACGCCUUCGACCUCUACGAUCAGGACCACAACGGCCUCAUCUCUCACUCCGAGCUCCAUCUCGUCCUCACUCGCCUCGGAAUCAAUUACUCCAUUGAAGACUGUCAACGAAUGAUCCACACGGUCGAUUCCGAUGGCGAUGGAAAUGUCAAUUUCGAAGAGUUUAGGAAGAUGAUGAGCGCAACUAACAAAUCCAAGGCGGCGGGGCCCUAGCCCUAGCCCUAGCUUUCCGUAAGUUAUUAGCAAUUAGCUAUGUGACAGGUAACGAAGUCGAUUUCUAUCCUUCGUUCCUUUUCCAUUUUUCGUUUCGCUUCAUUUCGUUUCUCAUUUCUCCUUAAUCUGAAUCUAUGUAUUCAUGUAUCCAAGUGUUCCUGUUUUCAAUUUUCCGAAUGUAACAUGAAAUUCGGAUCUGGUUCUGUUCUCCCGCCAUUAAUGCCGAUCUUUAAUUUCAACUCUUGUUCA